AUGGAUCAUGAUGAAGACAGCGAAGAAAGCCCAUCGACACCACCGAAAAGGGCCAAGCGUGGCCGCAAGGCCAAAGUCAAGGAAGAGCCCGAGUCACCUCCUUCGUCUGCUGAUGAUAAAGAUGACAAAAGAAACCCUUUGACUGAGGACGAGAAGAGAAAACAUUUCCUUGAACGGAAUCGCCUUGCUGCGUCCAAGUGUCGACAAAGAAAGAAGCAAAUGGUUGCUAAAAUGGAGGAUGAACUAAAAUUCUAUGCGGUUGGAUACCGGGACUUGAGUGGCCAGCUUGCUGCCAUGAGAGACCAUCUCCAUAGAAUCCGGUCCGUUUUCCUCAACCACAAGUCAUGUCCUCUGUUGGUAUCCCAGUUGGGAGGAUACACCGAAAUGAACCAUUUCCUCGACCAGCUCGACUACAUUACGUCAAUAUCAGAGAAGAACCUGGGGAACUUGGUAUCACUUCCCACCACGAUCCCCACCACCCUCGGGUCCACCAGCGAUAACUACGUGGUGCCUCCCGCCCCUACGUCCACCAUUGGCCACAACCUUCCUAUGGCUGAUACUUCUGGUGCCAAUUCAGUCAAUGGCUACGACCCAGUGUCAAAUAACAUUUCUGCUCAUCACAGUAUGACCAACCUUCAAGCAGCAGGCGCCCCAGGCCAAGCAACCACUGCGAGAGGUGGUCCUGACGGUGGUACCAACAUCCACCAGCCCCAGGCCACGGAUAUCCGAACCAUAAAUAGCAUGUCAGACUUGGCCUCCCUCAAUCAGAAUGGGAACAUCCCUAUGAAUGACCCCCACCACCCAGACAAGAACUUCGGGUUGCGUCCCGUCAAUAGUAUGGUGAACCUCCACCCAAUGAAUCAUCAUCAAAAUGGUCUUGUGGAUUUAUCGAAUGAUUUGAACUAGCCGGACUUAGAAGAUUCCGGAUGCCGAUCUCAGACUUGAUGAUAUGUGGGAUGUAGGACCUACAAACGGGAAAAGCUCACCGCUCAACGCCAGUGGUUUUCUUGCGGGCAGUACAACCCUCUACUACUUCUAUUCCACAAAUAUAUCCAUAGAUCAAUGUAUACUACCAUCUCUUA